UAAUUCAGUUACUGCUAAAACGUGAACAAGUGCGCAUCGUUGCUACGCAGAGGAAGCGAGAUUUUCGUCGUCGUCGUUGUCGUUGUUGUUGUUGUUGUCGUUAGAGUUUUCGUCGUCGUGUCGUUCGGCACGGCACGGAAUUGUUUUGAUUCUUCUUACGGUGCUGCGGCGAUUCCGGCAAUGCUGGCAGCCGGGAAAAGCGUCGCGCGUGUGUAAUCGACGACACAGCGGAAAACCGUUGACAAGAGGUAUACGCGUGCAUACCAAAAAUGCUGUGAGUGAGUGAGCUAGCGAGAGAGAGCGAGAGAGAGAGAGUGGGUGGAAAAACGAAAAAAAAAGAAACAUCAUAGUGAGCCACGAGUAGCAGUAGUGAGUGAAAUGAAUAAUACACAACGAGCGGCACUGUGUUCUUCUUUUUUCUAUUUCGUGCGCUCAGUGGAUUACUAGAUUUGCGCUCGUGAAAACUCGAAACACUCAAAUGCUCGCGACUUUGGCGCCGAACCCAGUGAAAAGCAGAAGUGCAGUGUGCUGAUAUUUUCAGUUAUUUACGUUUGCGUUUUUUUUUUGUUUCAUCGCAUCCGAGAAUCCGCUUUUGUUUGUUGUGUUCCACGUACAGGAGUAUACACACAUAGCAGGAGCAGAAAAGAUUCGUUUUUUUUUUGUUUUGGGUUGUUGUGUUCGGAGGAACAUAUUCGAACAAGCAGCAGUAGCGUUGUAAGGACAUGAAUGACAAUUAUUAUUGAUGCCGCAAUAAAACAUUUCCCAUUUCCGAACCAACACAUUGUUUUGCGUAUGUCUGAAAUGAAAAACUGAUCGUUUGUGAAGUAGUUUAUGGGAUGCCAACGUGAGAAACCGUACCGUGUUUUGAGCAGUGAGUGGUUUCAAACUAAAAUCCCGAUUUCUGGAUAUUAGGAAAGUGACUGAAGAUUAGAGAGAAGCAACAGGCAUGAAGACCAUGUCGAUUCCUAUAAGAAUCCGUAAAGGCAACAGCAACACCUCGUAAUGCAAGGAUCCUUCCAAAAGCGCUGGAUGUGUACAAUCGCAGUAUGAAUUUGAAGAGUUUUCCACGUUAACCGCGUUUUGAGUUCGAUUUUAAAUUACCGGUACUCGGUUACAAACAACUAUUGUGGGAACAAAAUCGUGCCUCUCACAUGUGACGAAAAGUGAAUAGUGUGUGAGAAGUUUUCGGCACAUGUUUCAAAACGACACCGCGGCGGCAGGAUUCGGUGUAACAAUCUGGCCAUAGGAACAGCUCCGCCGUUCACCGCGAGUGGUGGGGGUGCAAACGGACAAACGAAAUCCCAGCAGCGGACAAAGUGUGAUAAUAUGGCCGCAUAUGCUCAAUUUGGUUACACAUAUCCGUCGGCAAGUCAGUUGUUGGUUGGUGGUGGACAGACGACAACCGCCAGUUCACAGUCACCGAUCUCGGCCACAAACGCUCCGUCACUGAGCCCGGGUGGGUCGGCAACAGGCGCGCCAUCAGGUGCCUUAAGCCCCGGGGCUGUCUCACAAACCUCAAACAAUGCGCCACCGGCAACCUCCUGCUGUGAAAAUGGCAGGCCCAUUAUGACAGAUCCUGUAUCAGGACAAACCGUGUGCUCCUGCCAGUACGACUCUGCCCGGUUAGCACUGUCCGGCUAUUCCCGGAUACCAACCGGAAGUGUUGGCGUUUACGGAACUCCUUAUCCCUCGACGGAGCAGAACCCGUAUCCCAGCAUUGGAGUAGAUAGUUCAGCAUUUUAUUCACCUCUUAGCAAUCCCUACGGUUUGAAAGAAAGUGGACCAACUAGUGAUAUGUCCGCGUGGACAUCAGCAGGACUGCAGCCAACCACCGGAUACUACCCAUACGAUCCAACCCUGGCGGCAUACGGAUAUGGCGCUGGUUAUGAUUUAGCGGCCCGCAGAAAAAAUGCAACGCGCGAGUCCACCGCCACGCUAAAGGCGUGGCUCAACGAGCACAAAAAGAACCCAUAUCCAACCAAGGGCGAGAAAAUUAUGCUAGCGAUCAUUACCAAGAUGACACUGACGCAGGUGUCCACCUGGUUCGCGAACGCACGCCGGCGACUGAAAAAGGAGAACAAGAUGACGUGGGAGCCCAAAAACAAGACGGACGACGAUGAUGACGCGAUGGUGUCAGACGACGAAAAGGAUAAGGACGAUCUGGAGCCGGACAAAAGUCGUGAUCACAAAGAUAUACAUCAUCAUGUGAAAGCCGAGCACGACAAAGACGAUGACGAUGACGAUCUCACCGACGAUGAACGGAAGCCGGAAAACUUAAUGGGGCAUCCGGGACAUCUGGGGCAGCACCAUCCGUACUACCACCAUUCGAUGCUCGGGGGACACCACCACCAUUCAGGACUCAAAUCAGAAUUAGACCAUCCAAAAAACCAAACGGGCAGCGACUGUGGAGUGCCGAUUCCAGCCUCAAAGCCGAAAAUUUGGAGUCUAGCAGACACAGCCGCUUGCAAAACCCCACCACCACAGGCAUUACACAGCUCUUGGAUGACCGGAGGCUAUCACCCCGGACAGCACCAUCAUCAUCAGCAGCAGCAACAGCAGCAGCAGCAUCAGCAGCAACAGCAUCAUCUACAGCAACAGCACCUCCAGCAGCAGCAGCAACAACAUCAACAACAUCCGAGCAGUGGGAUGAUGAUGGCCGAAGGAAGUUCCCCUAUGAGUAUGAGUAUGGCAAAUACAACUCACAACCAAGGUAUGGGGACUAUGGGCAGUGGUAUGAUGAACAGUUUCGCGAAUACCCCCUAUUCCCGCUAUGGGGGGUUUCUAACAGGAGCUCAACACUACAAUACUACCCACAACAGCAACAGCAGCAGCAACACCAGCAGCAAUACCAACAGCAAUACGAAUACGGGUCAAGUGACGGGUGCUACAACCCCCACUUUGCAGCAACAGCAACAGCAGCAGCAUCCACAGCAAGGGAUGCACCAACAACAGCAACAACUUCUGCAGCAAUCCCAGCAAGCUACGGCCAACAACAAUUCCCAAUCGAUGGGGUUUCCAGAGGUCCAGACCGACACCCCGCCUCAAACCCCACCGAAUAUGAAACUGCCCAGCGUGGCGGGGAACCUUCUUACAGCCUCAGCAACCCCUACGACCGGUACCUGCUAUAACGGAACAAACAGCGCCAAUAGCAAUAUGAACAACAAUAAUAACCUCACCCCAAACAACAACAACAACAGCCUAAACCAGUCGAAUGGCUAUGCAUCAUCCCCCGAAUCGAUGGGUCAGUCUAACAAUCAGUCUGGAGGACAGCAGCAAAACAGCUACUAUCGGAUGCAAUCAAAUUCACCGCAAAAAUCCCAACAAGACUAUGCGCAGCAAAUGCUUCAUCAACAAGACGGCUUCAAACCAUUCUACAAAAAUUCGCCACAGGCCUCCAAUGGCUUCGUUUCACCGGUCUGAGCAGAAGCAGCAGCAACCGUGCAACUAUUUCUAGAACUGAGAAGACGAAUUAGCGGAUGAGAUUUAGCGAGACAACCACCGAAUGACAUCUUUUGCUGGUUAUAACUACCACCAACAUAGCACCACCCCACAAACACACACACAGACACAUAACAUGAAUUUAGGUUUACCGAUUUCUGCACACAUAAACGCACCGCGCUCUUGUCGUAGUUUCGAAGCCCGGUUUGGAAAGGUUAUUGAAACUAUCCCGGCGCACGUGAGCUACCCCUUCAAAUCGUGAGAUGAGUUGCCAACCAACAGAGGCAGCUUUCAAACAAGAAAAAAAGCGGGGCGAAGUAUUGCAACUACAACAGUGCAACAGUCGUCUCGCAGGAAUUGGAGGUGCAACAGUUUCCCAUCGCGCAACUAUAAUGGUUUUCAUUUCUCAACGUUAUCGCGUAUAUCUCGUCGUUGUGCAGUAAAGAGGCUGCUCCCGUCUUUCUUUUUGGAGGCGCAAAAAUCAGUACUACCACUUCCGGACAGCAAUGAAUGCCGGACCCGAACGAUAGAAGAAAUUCAAAUCAGCGGUAUACGAGGAUUAAAAUUUGUCCUUAGCGAAUAAUGACAGGCAAAUUCCGGAUUAGAACUAUUUUUCCUUACCCAAAUGAAAAACAAAACUGGGCUAUGUGCAAACGAAAAUUAUUUAGAAAAAAGAAACCAAACUGUUUCGUUGAUGUGAACAUUUUGCAGAGAUCACUUACCACUCUCGUAUCGACAAAUGGUUGUCGUCUUUUAAUAUUACGUGCAAUGAUUUCCCUUUUCCCUAUAUCAUCAACAUUUUUUUUCCGUGUAUUUCAGCCACUUUUAUCGUGAAUCGCGCGUAAAACAAAUUUACAUUAAUUUUCGGCCUUGUAUUAUAUAUUUCACGCAAAGUAAAAUCGAAAAAAAAAGAAAAAUGUUGAGAGAAGCAUUUGUAAUCUGUGAUAACGAAAACGUAUAUGAAAAUAUUGAACCUAUUUAACACUAACUUAAGACACGCUGAAAUCCUUAUUUUAAUAGAAGAAAAAAAAAUCAUUAUCAGCGCCAAGUUUCAUUUCAUUUCACGUUUGUUCGAGUGAUUGCAUCAGAGAGUAAAUCGGUAACAAUCAGAUGGGUCCUUUUUCGUUCAACUUUGUUAAUGUUUCGUAUAAGUGUAUUGAAUGUUAACGAAAAAAGAAAUACAAGGAGGGAUGCAAGAAUGACACUCCCCCCUAAAGCACCUAAGCUAGAAGUGAAAGUUUUUACACAUGGUACGGAAAGGAUACAACACAAGGAGUUGAUGUGAACACUUUGCUAUGCAGUAAUUCCCGUUCAUCAUUUCGUUGAAUUGAGCUUCAAUUAUGUAUAAAAUAUUUUAAAAAGCAUUAACUUGUAUAGAACUCGUUCCAACAUCGCUACAGAGUAAGGAUGGGCUGUAAAUAAACUCUUUCAAAGGUACUUUUAUCAGACGAUAUAAAGUAAUCGCAAAGCACAAGCUGUUCGAAAUGUAAUGAAACAAUUGUACAUAGAUCCCUUUAUCAACCGUCAUUGUGAAACUUUAUGCGAAUAAUGAACAAACAGAAAAAAAAACACAACAAAACAUAAAUGUAGGAAAAUAAACUGCUGAUCGUGAAUUGAACUAUAGUCGUGUAUAGGUCUCAUUCGAUCCUGACGUUAAGAAAAUUUUUGUUUACGAUCGUUCCCCCUUCCUCACGAGCAGAACAAUGAAUAG